AUGAGGACGGCAACAUCACUAUCGUGGCCGGCGGGCCAACAGAUGAAGAAAGAGGUCGAACAAACAAGCUGUGCUGGAAGACGAAGAAGAGUGGGCAAAGCUUGGCGAAUAUCAAUCAACGCAACGCCGAAUGCUCGAGCCAGUACUGCCACCUUCAAAACAAUGUCCUCUAUUAGUACACGUUAUCCUCUGAGAUCGAGAGGUCUGGCACCUGCUCCUCCCCCUCCUCCUCCCCCUCCCGUUGCUACGCGAAACAUCGAAUAUACGAGGCCCAGAAGCUUCCAAGCAGCCUUCUCAACAAGACAAGAAACUCAACUGCUGUUAGUUACCUCGAGUUUCUCAACUACGGAAAUAUCAACCUGGCAGAAGAGGAGUACGGAGGUGAAGAGUUGGCUGAGAUCCCUUGAACGAGCAUUGAGCUGGAUGGAAGAUGUUCUGGAUGGAUUUGGUCAAAGGAUGACCCAAAGCCUGACAAGUGGCCAACCAGGAGCAGUUGAUGGAAUUCUCAAGGUGCUACAGAAAAUCUCAAACACGGAAAAGAUUGAAAUGGUCGAGGAAGAAACACAUUAUUCUCGCGACUCUAGAAAGUGA